CCCCCCCCCCCCCCCCCUCCCUAUCUCUCUCUCUCUCUUUUUCUCUAAGUCUUCUCCCCUCUCUGCUACACCCUCAGUCAACAUGGAGCACAUUCGGAGCACAUUCGCCAAGUGCAAGCAGGAGAAGCGUGCCGCGCUGGUCGGCUAUUUCACUGCUGGAUAUCCCACGGUUGAGCAGACGGUAGAUAUUCUCCUGGGAUUGGAGAAUGGUGGUGCCGAUAUCAUCGAACUGGGCCUCCCCUUCACAGAUCCGAUUGCCGAUGGCCCCACGAUCCAGAAAGCCAACACGAUCGCCCUGGAGAACGGCGUGACGGUGACGACCGUGCUGGAGAUGGUCCGCACCGCCCGCAACAGAGGCCUCAAGGCCCCCGUGCUCUUCAUGGGCUACUAUAACCCGCUCAUGCAGUAUGGCGAGGAGCGCAUGCUCAAGGACUGCCGCGAGGCCGGCGUCAAUGGCUUCAUCAUGGUCGAUUUGCCACCCGAGGAGGCCGUUCGCUUCAGAGAUCUAUGUGCCAGCAAUGGACUCUCAUAUGUCCCCCUCAUCGCCCCCUCCACCUCCGACGCCCGCAUGAAACUGCUGUGCAAGAUUGCCGAUUCCUUCAUCUACGUCGUCUCUCGCAUGGGUGUGACUGGUGCCACGGGCUCGCUCAGCGCUCACCUGCCCGAACUCCUGGCCCGCGUGCACCAGUACUCGGGCAAUAUCCCUGCCGCGCUCGGCUUCGGCGUUAGCACCCGCGAGCACUUCCUCUCCGUCCAGGAGGUCGCCGAGGGUGUCGUCAUCGGCAGCCAGAUCAUCACCGUGCUGGGUCAGGCUCCCGCCGGCCAGGCCGCCGCCAAGGUCACAGAGUACCUGUCCAGUAUCACUGGCCGUCAGCUGGAGCGCGACACCCAGGGUAAUCUGACCCGUGAGAUUAAGGUGCUGGAUGUGGUGGAGAAGACGCAGGCGAUCCCCCAGGCCCACCCGACCCAGGUGAUCACUGAGGCCGACACGCCCGCCGGACCGGGCCUGGCUGACCAGCUCGAGGCAUUGAACAGUGAUGCCAGCAGCGCCAACCCGGCGGCGAUCCCGUCGCGCUUCGGCGAGUUCGGCGGCCAGUACGUGCCCGAGUCGCUCAUGGACUGCCUGGCCGAGCUGGAGAAGGGAUUCGAGACGGCGCUCAACGACCCCAAGUUCUGGGACGAGUUCCGCUCCUACUACCCGUACAUGGGGCGCCCCAGCAGCCUGCACCUGGCGCAGCGACUGACGGAGCACGUGGGCGGGGCCAACAUCUGGCUCAAGCGUGAGGAUCUCAACCACACGGGCAGCCAUAAGAUCAACAACGCACUGGGCCAGAUCCUGAUUGCGCGCCGGCUGGGCAAAACGCGCAUCAUCGCCGAGACGGGCGCGGGCCAGCACGGCGUCGCCACCGCGACCGUGUGCGCCAAGUUCGGCAUGAAGUGCGUGGUGUACAUGGGCGCCGAGGACGUGCGGCGCCAGGCGCUCAACGUCUUCCGCAUGAAGCUGCUGGGGGCGUCGGUGGUGGCGGUCGACGCCGGCAGCCGCACGCUGCGCGACGCCGUCAACGAGGCCCUGCGCGCCUGGGUCGUCGACCUUGACACAACCCACUACAUCAUCGGCUCGGCCAUUGGCCCGCACCCGUUCCCCACCAUCGUGCGCACCUUCCAGUCCGUGAUCGGCAACGAGACAAAGGAGCAGAUGCAGCAGCUCCUCGGCAAGCUGCCUGACGCCGUGGUCGCCUGCGUCGGCGGCGGCAGCAACGCCGUCGGCAUGUUCUACCCCUUUUCCAACGACCCCACCGUGCAGCUCGUCGGCGUCGAGGCCGGCGGCGACGGCGUCGAUACCCCGCGCCACUCCGCCACUCUCACAGGAGGCAGCAAGGGCGUCCUGCACGGCGUCCGCACCUACGUCCUCCAGGACCAACACGGCCAGAUCUCCGAAACCCAUUCCAUCUCCGCCGGCCUGGAUUACCCGGGUGUCGGCCCGGAGUUGUCCUCGUGGAAGGAUAGCGACCGCGCCACCUUCAUCGCCGCCACCGACGCAGAAGCCCUGAUUGGCUUCCGCACUCUAGCCCAGCAGGAGGGUAUCAUUCCCGCUCUGGAAUCGUCCCAUGCUGUCUUUGGUGCUAUGCAACUUGCUAAAUCCAUGGGACCGGGCAAGGAUAUCGUUCUUAACCUUUCCGGCCGCGGCGACAAGGAUGUCCAGAGCGUCGCGGAUGAGUUGCCCCGUCUUGGUCCGAAGAUCGGUUGGGAUUUGCGGUUUUAAAAAACUAAAAAAGUAUACUUUAUAUAGCUAGUUCUCGGUCAACCAAAAGGAUAUCUACAUCUGUUUCUUACAAGUAUAUAGCCACUGUACUGUAUAGCUAGUUGUCUAC